AUGGAAAUAGCUUUUUUGAUGCAUUAAUUAGGCUUUGAAUUAGCAUCAGAAUCAAAAUUAAACUAUUUGUUACCUCAAGUUAAUUGCUUGGGUCCGACAGCAUUUAGAGAUGCUGUAUUAAAAGGAAAUUAAUUAAUGUUAGAUCUUUAUGUUCUAUGUUCUAAAUUUGAAGUUCAAGAUCAAUAUAAGUUUGUACAUGUAAUCCUUACCGAUGGAGAAGACAAUAGUUCUAAAAUAAGCUCAGAAUAAUUUCUUAUAUAUUAAUUAGUGUUAUAAGACUAGCUCCCAAAAAAUAUUCUAUAAACUUUCUACAUAGGUGUUAAUGUGGAAAAUAAUUAAGCUGUUUAAUAAGAGAUGAAAGCUAUAUUAUAAUGUAGUGGAGAUUCUUCUUAAUAUUAUUCAAUUAGUAGUAAUGGAAUUAAUGAUAUAUUUUAGAAAAUAUAAAUGUAAAUUGGAAUUAGAGUUUAAGAAAAAAAUUUGAUUAUAGGAAAUCAAUAAGCCACUAUCACUCUUAAAUAAUAAUAAGUUUCCCCAAUUUUAUAAUUCUAAAUUAACAAUUAUAUUGUACUAUUCACACUUGAUAUAUCAUCAUCAAUGUAGCCUCAUUGGGAUAAAGUUUGUUAGGCUGUGAAAGGUUUUUUAGGUAAUCUAGGAUCAAAUGAUCUUGUGUUAGGAAUUAUCUUUAAUGAUUAAGUUUAAGUUUUAUCUGGAAUUUAAUUUGAGAACUCUAUUCAAAAUGAAAAUGUAGAUACACCAGUUCCUUAAAGUUAAGUAGAGUAAAUUUAAGAUCAAUUUGAAGAUUAAGAUUAAUAUGAAGAUUAGAAUUAAGAUUAAUAGGAUAAUUAAGAUUAAUAGGAUAAUUAAGAUUAAUAGGAUAAUUAAGAUUAAUAGGAUAAUUAAGAUUAAUAGGAUAAUUAAGAUUAAUAGGAUAAUUAAGAUUAAUAUGAGAAUUAAGAUUAAUAUGAAUAUCUUGAUCAAGAUUAAGAUCAAUUUGAAAAUCAAGAUUAAUUUGAAAAUUACGAUCAAGAUCAAGAUCAAGUUCAAUUUCAUCAAGAAUAAUCUUCUGAAAAUAUUCAUGAUCAAUUUAUAGAUAUACAACCUACUCCUAAAUAAGGAUAAACAUAGGAAGUAGUUUAAACUUCUUAAAGUCCAUAAUCUAAUCAAAAACUUAUAUCAGAAGCACAACUUUAUACAUAGCAGGAAAUAUUUCAAUAGUAAAAAUAAUAAUAAUUAAUUUCUAUUGAUAAACCAUAAAAUUUUAGUUGCAGUUGUUAAAUUAAUUGUUAGAUUUUUUGA